AUGUCAGGACUGGGACCUCGCCUGUGGAGUAAGUGCGCUAAGUGCGGGACGACCGAGUGGAAUGACAUUCUGUCUACUCGCAACAAUCAGUGUAGCAAAUGCAGAUACCCAGUCAAGGUCUUCAAGGCCAAACCCAAGAAGGACGCAUCGACAGUCGGCAGCCAGGACAAUUCUUUGGUGCACGCCAACGGCAGCAAGGGCGACAGCAGUACGGCCAGUGCAGCAGCGAGCGGCGCCGUCCCUGAUGACAACCAGCGCAUGCUCAGCAUGCUCACUCAGCUGAUGGCCGACGCCAAGGACAUGAGCACGAAGAAGGUUCUCUUAGAACAGAUGUCAGCGCUGCGCAGCACUCCCUCUCCGAAGCCUGUUUCCACUGAGGAGUCGGUGAAGCGCGCGGACAGUGCUCUUCGAGAUGCUCAUGCCAAGCACGACCAAUCUGUUCAUCAAGUGCUCAAGUUGCGUGACAACUUACACAAGGCAGAGAUCAAAGAGGCCGAGGCUGCAAUCAUUUUGGCACGCGCCGAGGCCGCCAAGAAGUUGGCGAUCAUCACGCUGGCCAAGGAGUCAGGGGUCCCCGCUGGUGAUUCACUCUCGUCCAGUCACGCGGACCUCAAGUCCAACUUGUUCGAUUUGCAGUGGGAUGAGGAGUUCUUCAGUCGGCUCGACGAGUAUGAUUGUGAGGAAUCAGAACGCAUUGAGUUGCGCAAGCUAGAGAGCGAGCUGCAGCAGGCACGUUCCAACCUCAGCGAGCGCAACACCAAGAUCACGGAGUGGAAGAAUCGCAUGGAGCAGCUCAAGCAGACAGUCAACGAUCGCAUGGGGAAGAAACGCAAGGGGGUCGAUGGCACGGCCGAGGCGAGCGGUGGCAGCAGCGACGGCGCCAGCGCAGGGGCCAGCGCCCCCCCGUGCGCCACCCGCGGCCGCGACAGCCCCUUCGGGUGGCGCAGCAGCGGCCGCGGGACCGCCACCCCCGACGAGACGGCCAUCGUCAACGAGGCGAAGCGCAUCCCCGAAGCCAAGUUCAAGGCCGCGGAGCUUGCCAAGCAGCAGAAGGAGGCCGUGUCGCAGGAGAGUGUCUCGGGCGGAGCGUGA